AUUAAAUUGGAAUUAAAUUUUAAUCAGUAACUUCCAAGAAGUGAUAAAUAUUAAUUUAUUCGUUUUGUGUCUCGUUAUCCUAAAUACACGAUGCCAAAUAAAACUAACAAUGAAAUAUUCAAUAACAACAGAAAAAAUCACAUUGCAGUGAGAAUUCACUGUGAAUUUUUCAGUGGCGAUGUUAUAAAUCAUUUAAUUAGAUGAUGAUGAUGAUGAUGUGGGAGAUAGCUUUUAAACAGGGGAAUUCAAUUUUUCAUUGAAAAUUUUGAAGAGAUCAGGUACAUACACGUUGGUAAUGACUGAAAGCUGUUGGUUAUUUAUUAAUAAUUACGAGAAAUGAAAUUGUACGGAACACCAUAGGAAUAGAAAAUCAAGAGACAUUGAAAUGUAGUCCACAAUGCAUCGCAACAUCCUAGAUGAUGUGAGUUCGAUGCUCUCGUGUAUGAGAGCGUGAAUAACAUGCGUUGUUCUCAUGGGAAGGAUAGCGGUGAGCAACGGGAGGCUUCGAGAAAGUAUGAGAGCAACGUGAAAGAAAAGAGGGUUUUACUAUGAGGAGAUUAGAUCCGGAUAAUCAUGGACCUCGAACUGGUCAGCCACCCUUUCGAGUUUUAUCUGGAGGAGGACACUGCCUUUUAUCACCAUCACCUCCAUCGCCACCGCCGCCACGUGCACCCGAGCCCUACAAAAUUGUUCCACCAUGCUCCUCUUACACACGAGCUCAUCGACGAUCGAGUUUCGUGAUAAUUGCAGAGACUCGACCAAUUACUCCGGAUUCCAGAAGUCCUUCUCCUCCAUGUUUAGCGACAGGAAGAGUCUCUCCUUUCCGAGGUCGAGGAUUCAAAGGACCUUUACCACAUGCCCAAUCCAGACCUGAAAGUCCUAAUCAUUUUGAACGCCACAGAAGCAGCAGAUUCGACAGAAGAGUUUCAGUUUCCCAACAAUGCAGUCCAAAACGAAGUCAAAUUCCCCAACCAACUCGAAGUCGUUCCAUUUCAUUGACAAAGCGAAACGAAAAAAAACAAUCACCAAAAUUUGGACGACGAGCAAUUUCAAAAGAUAACGUAACUAUAACACAUAAUGUUAAUGGCAAUCGUCGACAAUCGUUAAAACGACCUGGACUUUCACCAAUUCAAGGAACGCCAACAAAACCAAGGGAAAAAUCACCUGAAAAACAAAUUAUUCCCAAAACACGUUCACAAGCGAUUCAAAAUCAUCAACGAACAUCGUCACAAAAAGCACGAAGAAAUUCUUUGCUACCGCCAAAAAUUAUCACCAAAUCAAAUAAUAAAUCUUCAGAUAAACAAAAAUCUUCCAGUACUGAGAUUCUUUCAUCGCCAUCGAAGAUUCCACUGCGGCGUGAAUCGAUAUCAAAUAAAUCGGCCUCCACACAAUCAUUGUCCUCCAAUAAACCAUCAGCUCCACCACCAUCACUUUCCGUCAAGCCAACAAAAUCUCUCGAGAAAAUAAUCGAUAAGGCCAAGAAAAUUCAACAAAAACCAAUUGUUAAAAAAACCGAAGUAAAUGUGAUGAAAAAUUUGAGUUUACAAGUACCAAAAAAUAAGAAGAAUAUUGUUGAAAAAGCAAUUAAAAAAUUGGAAAAAAAAUCAUCUGUUGUUCAAGAGGCUGUGAAAAUUUUAGAGGACGAUUUAAAAUUAGCUGAAUUAUUGAAACAAUCGUCUGGUGCAACUGGAACGUCAAGUGUUGUUAAUACAACAACAACAACUGCUGUUCAACCAUUGCAAAUUGACGCGACUGCCAUAAAUUCAGAAAAGGAGAAUGUUGCCAAAAUUAUAACAGGAAGUGAAAAUCAAAAAAAGAAUAAUGAAAUUCCUGUCAAAAAAAAUGGAGAUAAAGAAAAGAAUAAAACUGUUGAAUCUUCUUCUUCUUUGAUUCCCAAAAAUGCUGAUCAAAAGACUGCUCAAGUUCAAGAAACGAAUACCAAACAACCAGCAACGACCAUUUUGGGAACGACGAUAUCAACGCCAGAUAGUAAAAAUACAACACCAGACGAUGUAGUGAUGUUAGUUGUAAAUUCAUCGGGAAAUCAAGCACAAAAUACAAUAAAAAAUGUUGCAAAAAAUUCAAAUGAACUUCCCAAUGAAUCUCAACAAUUGAAUGUCAAAGUAUCAACAACAGUAAAUGAUUCAAAAAUAAAUGACAAAUCUGAAGAUUCAAUUGUGCAAAAUAAAAUGGAAAAUAUAAAAGAAAGAACUAAAGGUGAUGUGGAAAUAGUUAAUGAAAUUAAUAAGUCUUCAAAUAAACGUUUGGAGGCAAAUGUUCAGGGUACUGAACAUCAAAAGACUGAAAGUAUAAAUAAAAAUAGUGAUUUGAAAAGUGAUCAAACGCCGUCAAACAUUCCGGGAUUAGUGACAACAUCAUUGACUGAUGUGACAAACAAUUCAAAUGUGAAUAAUAGUGGUGUUGAAAAAAUUCGUAAUCAAGGUAGUGGUGUAUCAAUGAAGUCAUCAGCUGGAAAAUCUUCGGAUUCAGUGGAAAGUAUUAGAUCAACGGAUACUGGAGUUAGUCUCAAUACAGUGAGAGGAGUUUCUUCAGCCAGAGAGAAGAAAGGCGUGCACAUGGAAAAAAGGACACAGGAAAUUGAGACACUCAGUGGAAAUGUUGGUCAUCUUGAAAGAAAUGGAGAACCAAGUGUAUUGACGGCAUCUGAUAAUAUUGAAGGAGGAAAGGAAAAAUUAGCGACCCGUUGGAAAAAAUCCUUGGGACGCUAUUGCAAGUGUUGGCCAGGAAUGAAGUGUCUCGCAUGUCGUAGGGAUCAUCCCAAGGGUAAAUUGUGGCCCAGAAAGCAAUUGAGAACAAUUUCAAAAGCUGAAUUAACACCAACUCCCCGGGGGAAUGAGGAUAAAGGUCCGGGAAAAUGGUCGAGGCUCAAAGCUGCUUGCAGAUGCCCUCGUUGGAAAGAAAGAAAAUGGUGUAUGAGAAAAGCGAGAGUAGCGCCUGCCGAAAGUAAACCUUGUUGUCCACCUGAACGUCGAUUUGGUGCCUUAUGUAGAAGAUUAUUUGCCAAUUGCAAAUGUAAACGUUCUAAUAAUAAUAAUACUACUAAUAAUUCACAACGGAGAAAAAGUAUACGUGCCAAGCACAGUAUUACAAGUGUCGUAGCGCCUCCCGUUUCAGAGGAAUUAAGGCCUAAACUUCCCGAUGUUUUGGUGGAACACAAUUCAUUAAUGCGUGGGGCGAUUCCUUGUCUUCCUAUCCCCCUCGCAUGGUUUUGUUUUGUUUGGAAUCUUUUAAUACCUGGAUCAGGAACCUUUUGGAGUGGAUUAUUCAAUCUUUGCGUUGGACAACCAAGAUUUUCUCCAGUCGCAAGUGGAAAAGCAAGGUUUGGCGCUUUUAUUGUGAAUUUAUUCGUGGGUGUUGGUCAACUUUUUACAAUAUUGUUUUGUCUUGUUGGAUGGGGUUGGAGCAUUUGGUGGGGAGUCACAAUGAUUCGUCUUGCCAGGAAAUAUAAGCGCUUCAGAGACUCGGAAGCUGCGAGUGGAGAUCUGGAAGCGAGGGCUGGUGAACCUGUAGCAUUACCGCCAGGAGUACCGAGUCAAGCUUUGCGUGGCAUUGAAAGGGCACGAUAAACUUCUUCCUUGCAUGCUAAUUGCUAUUAAAUUCAUAUAGUAAACGCAUCUUCCGGUCCAACGAACUUGAAAGUUUCAAAUUUCAUAAUUAAAUGAGAUUCACUGUAAAGUGAACAUUGAAAAUAACAUUCAGGAACUGCUUUCAAUGAAAGCAUAUUUGCAUGUUUCGUCUUUCCAAAGUUCUUUAUCUUUUUGACGAAAUUAUCAAUUAUGUUCCUGAGUUAUUUAUUUAUUUUUAUUCUUUUAUUUUGAGAGGAAAAAAAAUUUACUUUUUAAUGUAAGAAAAAUGGGAAAGAGAUAAUUAAUUUUUAAUGGGGAAAAGUGCUUUCAAUAUUUUAUAAAAAAAAAAAUAAUUAAUUUAUAUAUAUAUUUAUAUAAACAAAAUAGUAUAUUAUAUUUUAUAAGGAGAGAUGGUAAUUAUAAAUGUUUAACGACUGACGAUUCAAUCUGGUAAUGUACUUUGGAAAGGCAUCUUAUUAUGUAUUUCAUAUUUUUGCAUUGAUAAAUUAUUAUAAUUAUAUAUACAUAUAUUGUUUAUGUAGCUGUAAAUAAAUAUUAAGAAAUAUAACCAGUUUUUACAAAAUAUGAGCUUUAAUUAUUUUCCAAGCUUUUCCAAUUUGAAAAAAAGUAAUAGUCUUAUUAAAUAAUUACCUUUUUAUUCUUGUAGAGAAAAGAAUCUUGAAAUAUUAUUCUCUAUUUAUUUACUUUCUAAAAAUUGUUUAUUUAUGGUCAUAAAUAUAUACCAGAAAAAUUGUUUCCAUUGUAAUUGACUGAUUUACACUUAUUUUUAUAUAUAUAUAUAAUAUUAUUUAAUUGUUCAAAAAAAAAAAUUAAUUUGCAAAAUUAUGGAAUCCAACAAAAAAAGCAUCCUUAUUUCCUGUUUUGAAAAUAUAUCAGAAAGUGAAUAAAAAAGUUUUUGUUUUAUUUAAAAAAAAUAAAUCUAAUAAUCUCUUAAAAAUUAAUAAUUUAGUAGUGAAAAAUUAAAAAAAAAAUACUAUUUGUUCAUAGUUAAUAGUUUCAUAAGAAAAAUAUUACAAAAAUAAUUAUUUAACUUAAAGUUUGAAGAUAUUUGAAAAAUAUAAAGAUAUUUUCGAUCCUUUAAGUAGUUUUGUUUUGAGUUUUAAAUGAGGUUUUUUUUAAAGUAUGGAGUAGGUAUAUGAAUUUUUUUUUUUUUUGGUGUGGGUGUCAAUGAAUUGAGUCUUUUUUGACAUAUUGAAUACAUAUUUUUGAGUAGUAUAUGUUUUAAUGAUGUGACUCCACAAUUAUGUAAAUAUGCACAAGUAAAUAUUUGUUAUUAUAUAAUUAAGUGUUACAAUGUGUGUAUUUGUGAUACUGUUCAUAAUAAACUUAUAAUAUUUCCAUUAUAAUAAUUAUAAGAAUUAAAAUAAAUCUAAAGAAUUAUUUCUACAUUACUAAAACGAUGGCGAUUACUAUACAGCAACUUUUAUUUAUUAUUAUUUAUUUUUAUUUUUUAAUAUGUCUUUUACCAGAGACUUUUUUUUUUUUUUUUAAAGGGGUUAGUUGUGUAAAUAUUCCUUUCUCUCUUUCAGCAUAUUUAAAAACUGACAUUAACUUUCAUCCCUUUGCUCAUUGUUCUCUAUACAUCAAUACACUUGUGUGAUAUUCAUCUCUUUGAUUUGUUUCUUCAAUGAUCAAAUAUCGAAAAUAACAAUGACAAUCGAAUAACUUAUUGAAGUUGUAAAAAUAACGAUGACUUCGAAGUAUCAGAAAAAGAAUUAUUAUCGAUGAUAGCUAAUUGCAAAAUUAAAAAAGCGAAUGAAUUUUUUUUUUUUUAAAGAUUCAGCGCAUAAAUAUUAUCGAUAAUAAAAUAACAAAAAUUGAAAUUAAAAUGAAAAUAUUUUUAUUUUAAUUAACAAGUGAUUCAAAAUAAACGUAUAACUAAUAAUAAAUGAAAUAAUUGACAAUUGAAAGAAGAAAAAAAAAUCUUUUAAGACCUAAAAGAAAAUUGAUAAAAAUAUUAACAAGCAAGCAAUAAUAUAAAAGGCAUGUUUUUUUUUGUUAAGCAAAAUGAGUUUAUGAAUCUAAAUAAUUGUGUGUGUGUGUGUUUUUUUCAAUAUGAAAGAAAUGGAUAUAUAGCAGCUAUUUCAAAUCAAUUAAAAAGACAUCUACGCAAUAUUGCGAAAACAGAAACUGGCGAAACAAACACUCAGUCAUUCGCACAAGCGCCUCGUUCAUUGAAAAGCAUACUAAGUAAUUGUGUUUAUCCUAUAUAUAUAUAUAUAGUGCUUUGAUUGUGACGAGAGUUAGUUUUGUAUCAAUGUAUGUGGUUCAUGAUGCUGUUGAGUUCAGUGUGUGACGAAUUUGCGAGCUACAUUUUGCAUGAUUUAUCGUUUACAAAACACAUUUUCGGUGUGAAUUUUUCCAUUUUUACUUCUUUUGUUUUUUUUUAUUUUCUCUAAAACUAUAGUCUGUAACUGUAUAUAUGUUUAUGAUAAUAUAUAAUUUAUACCGUUUUGUUGUUCAGUGUCCUUUGCGAAUCGUUUCCAAAAUUGUAUUUUUUUUUUUUAAUUUUGUCAAUUAUCAUUUUACAUGUUUCAUUGUUUUGAAUAUUUUUUUUUUUCAAUUAGUUUGUAAAUGUCCUAUUUUAUUAGUUUCAAGUAUUAAAUGUUAUUUGUUAUUGGUUUCGAAUGUUUCGGAUGUUUUUUUUUUUUUGCUAGUUUCUUUUUUUAUAUAGAUAUAAAUAUAAGUUUCGCAUGUAUGUUUUUUUUCAAGUUGCGCAUGUUUUAAGUUUCGAUUUGUGUUUUUGGGAAAUUUUUUUUCUCGAUUAUUUUCAAAGUAAGAAAUAAUGAUUUUUUUCAUAUACAUAUUAUAUAUAACAAUAGAGUGCGUGGAUUCCAAUAGUGAACAGAAUUCAAGAAGCCAAUUUUAAUAUUUUGUAUUUCAUGUCAAUUAUAGUCGUCUAAUCAGUAUAAUAAGAUAUACAUUAUUUUUCUUGGCAAAUUCAAAAAAGAAAAAAAAAAUUUUUAUUUUCCAAAAUAGGAACGUAUUGUGCGAACUAUGUAUACAGGGUGCAAAUUUGCGAAAUACACGCCUCAUGUUGUUCUUAAUUAUUUUUUUUUUUUUUCUUUAUUUUUUCGAUAAUAAUCGUCUGUUGUCUUUUUUUUUGUUUGUUAAAUUUUUUUUUUUUUUCAUUUAAACGAUGGUACAAUUGGUAGGGUGCGCAGGGCUGCUAGGCACAGAUAAUUGACUCGCAAAUAACUCUUUAAACAACAUUACAGCGUACGACAUUCAGUAUAAUACACAUAUUACAUUAUUUAAGAGUAAUUGUGUCGAUGUGUGUGUUUUUUUUUUCUUUUUCUCACUGUGACCUGCAUUUCAAUCGUGUCUGCGAUCGUGUUACUAGAUUUUUUUUUUAAAUCUAUUAGAGUCCUUAAAAUACAUUUAGUUACUUGUGCUCUGCGACAUAACAGACUGUCAAUGCUUCACUAUUUUUUUUUUUUUUUUCUAAAUUAACAUUCCGAGAUUUUAAUUUUUUUACUAUUAUUUUUUCUCAGGAUUUUGUUUUUUUUAGUGAUUCAUUGCUAGACUGUUUUGCAACACGAGACUUUCGGAAAUCUUUAAAGUAUAAUGCAUACAGUCAACAAACCUUAUUUAUAACUAAUUUGUCUUUUGACGCAGCGAUGGGAAGACAAGAGCUUAAGAGACCCUUUUCGGCUCAGACGUACAAUAAUAUAGGGAUAUUAUAAUCUGGCAAAAAGUGAAAUCGUAAGGAGACACAUUUCUAUACAAUUUUUUUUUAUUUUUGUUUUUUUGUUUUGCUUCUUCGAAUAAACUUGGAAAUUUACUUGGGGAAAUUUAAUUAUGAAUAAUGCUAGAGACAUUGAUAUGACACAUAGUGUCUUGGGAUGCCUACAACCUGAUAUGUUAAACAGGUAUCUCUCACCGGUAAUACUUGGGAUCGCUAAUAGCUGUUGCGCUUUGCUUUAUUUUGUAAAUAAUCAAAUAUAUAUAUAUAUUAUGCAGAAAAUAAAAAUUUCUCAACAAAAUCUUUUUUUAAUUCGAAGAUAAAAUUUUUUUAAAUUUUAUUUAAUAAUUUUUUUCUUAUCAGUUUCAAUAAAAAUUGAAAAAUUAAAUAGAUAAUUUCAUAAAUAAUUAUAAUUUAAUAAUAAUUAAUUAAUUAAAAUUCCCUGAGAAUGGUAAAUUGAUGGGGGAAUACAAAAGAAAGCAAAGCGCACUGACAGUAAUACCCUUUUUUUUUUCGCAAAUACUAACAAUUAAUAAUAUUAACGAUAUGUAGCUACUGUCUACUAAUCUACCUAACUACAGACAUUAUCCUAAUGCCUUAAAAAUUAAUCACCGUUCAAUAUAAUUCUAAAUGUUCCGAAUUUUUUGAAAAUUGGAACCAUAAAUAAUAAAUCUUAGAAUAUUAUUACAGAAUCGAAUGAAGUCAUAGUUUCAUGCGUUUCUUUUCUUCUUUUUUUUUUUUUUGCAAAUAUAUACACAUAGAUGGGUGGGGGGCGAAGGGGGGUGGGAAGAUAUGUUAUAGAAUGAUUUAAAGAAAUUUUUUUUCUUUUUUGUUAGCUUUUACAAUUAAUUAUCGACACAGAUUUAGGUUUUUUUUUCAUUAACAACCUCGAGUUUGAUGUACAAUCGGCAUAAAUAUUAUUUCUUUCCGCCUUUUAUGCCACGCUAUAAUAUUUAUAAUCAUAUAUUUAUAAUAUGUAAUAUAUACUCUAUUCAGAAUACUGUAUCACUAAAGAGUCUAACUACUACAAUUACAAUUUGAUUUUGUACAUAGUAAAAUUCAUGCAUCAGAAAAUCAAAAAGUCUUACGGCAAAUUAAUUUUUUUGCUCGUAAUAUGUGUAUAUAUAAUAUAUAUAUAUUUAUAUAUAAUUUUUUUUUUUUUUUUCAUUUCUGUGCUUUCAGUUUUAUGAAAUUAUACAUAUUUUUUUUUUUCUGAAAAUAGAUUAUUACAAUGAAUUGAAAUUGGUACAGCGAAUGAAAUCGUUAUACAAUGAAAUUGAUAUUUAUAUAAAUGGAAUUUAUUACAAAUGUGAUGCGCUGGUCGUUUAUAAAUGUUAGUUAAUGUAAGUCAGUUAAAAAUAUUCACAUCUUCUGAUGCAUGCUAUAAAUUAGAUACUUUAAAUUUAACCCUUCGAAUUAAUAAUCAAAUUGACAAUUAUUGAACCCCUUUUUUCGAGAAGGCUUUAAAAACGAGAUAAAUACACAUUUUUCUCUUUCUCCUUUCUCUCUUUCUUUUCUAUAUAGUCUUUCUCUCCCCAAUCCUUGAAAAAUCUCAUUUCAUUAAUUCGCUCAUCAUUUUUUUUUUUUUGUUUAUUUAUUUAGUUUGUUUGUUUGUUUUUUUUUCAUCAGACUUUGUUACUCUCUUUCAGUGAAUGAGUACAAAGGGUUAAAUGUAAAGACUCAUUGUCGUGAUUUGGAACAUGAAAACUUGUUUUUUUUUUCGUUUUAGUUUAGUCCGUUGCUCAAUUUAAAAUGUGCAGCCCAACUUAUCAAUCUUCGUUGUCAUGUACACUACCAUUUUUUUAUUUUUUUUUUUUUACUUUACCAUGGAUAAUGGAUAAAAUGGUAAAGUCUCAGAAAAUAAGCUGACAUGCGAACUUUUUUCACGUUUUUUUUUUCUAUUUUCUUUUUUUUUUUCUUUUUACUAAUUUAACGCUGUUUAUUUAUAUUAUGUACCUAGAGUACAUCACGUUGGAGAGCGAUUUUAAUCAUGAAGGUAUCGUAAUUCAAUUCAAUUAAUUUCCAAAGCUUUUUUUCGGUUUUCGAGCUUUUCAAAUAUAUUUCGAUGCUUUAUUUUUAGAGAUCCUUUAAACUUUUUUCCAUGUAGUUUAAGCUUUAAAAAUAAAUUUUCAAAAAGUUUUUUUUUUCGAGGUAAUUAAAUGAGUUUAAAAGCGUCCUGUUCUCUUUUUUUUGAGUCUUAAUUGGAAAUUUCAAUGUAUUCUUUUUUUGAGAUAAAAUUGACAAGUACGAUACUCUCGUGAUUGAAUCGCUGUACUCCGAAAAUCACAAAUAUAUUUAAAAAAAAAUUUUUUUAUGAUAUGAAUUACGCCAGUCCCAAAAAAAAACCUUAAACGCUAUGUCUUAGUUCUUAAAAGUUCUGCUCGCUAAACGAAAUUCAUAGUCAUUUGAUAAAGUUAAUCUAAAUAAACUUAAUUCCAUUUAUAAUAAAAAUAGGUAAUAAUGAUAAUAAAAACAAGAAGAAGAAACAUUUUUUUUCAAAACAAGGCAUUCCACCGUAUUUUCUGAUUUUUUUUUUAAUUUGAGUCAACGAAAUCGAACAUAAUAAACAAAAACGAACAAUAAUAUUUCUAUUUUUUAAAAAUUUGUUUAUAAAAUAUUUCUUUGCUAAAAUUUCUUUUUUAGCACAUUAGGUUUUAAAAAACAUUCUUUUAAUUUAAUUUAAAUUAAAUAUUAUACGAUCUUGACUUUUUAUUAUAUUUGUAAAAAGUUUUAUUUUAGAAUCGAAUUAAAUAUUUUCGAAUAAAAAAAAAAAUUUGCUUUCUAUCUGUAUAUUUUUUUUUUUUUAUAAAAACAUAAUAGAAUAAAAAUAUUAAAUCAGGCUAAAAUUUAUUGUUCGAGCAAUAUAGUUAAUGAAUAAAUGAAUAUUUUCCAAAACUCAUUUGAAUGUAAAAUGACUUUGGAAAUUUUGAAAAUGACCAUUAAAGUUAAUGACGGUUCACAUGCCCCGCUUUGAAAACUUUGUAACGGCAUCAUAAAAGCAAACUGCGUUUGUGUGUACUAUAUAUAUAUAUGUAGAAAUAAUAAAAAUUGGAAAUUGAAAUUGUUACGUCGCAAGGUGAAUUAAUGUGAAACUGCUAGUUAGUGCCUCGUUAGGCUAAAAAUCCUCGAUAAACGCGAGAGGAUGGAAAAAUCGAAUAAUCGAAAGACAUCCGCCUAUACAUCGAUGCAAAAGAUGAAUCAUUCAUUUUUCGAUAAAAUCUCUUCGCCAACAUUAAUUUUUUUUUUAUGUAAUAAGCUUCUAAGAAAUGUAGAACUUAUUUUCUAGUUGCAUUGUAACAAAUAUUGCCUCGAAUAUAAAUUUUUUUUUUUUCUUAUUUAAGUUUAAUAUUUCAAUUAAUUUCUCUUUCACUCUUUCUUUCUUUCUCUCUUUUUCUCAUUUUCUCUCUCUCGCUCUUGCAAUCAAUGGACGUUGGCGGAUAUUUCUCGCGCACUUUGAGGGUUUCAAAUAAUUAUUUCCCUCGAAAAAAAAAAAAACCUCUUAUUAUACGUAUGGCCAAGUCUUUCUUUUUUUUUUAUUUUAAUCAUUUGGUUCACUUCGUAAUUUUCAGAGAUCUAAAACCUUUUCUUAUAUAAAACAUCCCUCGGCCUGACAAAAUAUUGCCGAAGAACACUAAUAUAUAUUGGAUCAUCGACAUUGUUCAUUUUUUUUUUUUUUUUUGUAUAUAAAAUUCAAUUCACAGUUCUCGAAACUGAUUUUUUUGAACGAGUAGGAAACUUGUUCUCUUUAUAAGUACCGAUUCGUCGCACCCUGAACACUACAGCUUCGGAGUUUCCGACAAAUUCGAUUUUAUUACUUUUUUUUUCUCAUUCGUAAAUCUUUUUUAUUUUUUUUUUUUUUAUAUAUUUAUAUAUAAAUAGCAGUCUAGAUGACGUACCAAUUUCAUCGAUAUCGAUACAAUUCCUAAGAUUUUCUUUUUUCCCCCCCUUCUAAAAAAAAAGUCGAUUCGCUAAAAAUUUUUAAAAAAGAGGAAAAAAAUUUGAUUAUUCAAUUUUACAUUUGAAUAGUUUUUUUCUUUUAAAUAUUCGAAUACGUAACAAAAAAUUAUGAUUCGAAUAUUUCGCAGGAAAUAUAUAAUAAUAUAUAUAUAUAUAUUCGAAUUUGUUCUAAUUGUGGAGUUUACUUAAUUAUUUAUCGAGAGUUCAUUAUAACACAUGCAGGACGAUGAAUG